UACUGUUUGACCCAGAGAAUGACUUCUCCCAAACCUCAUCUGGCAAUCAGAUCAGGAAUCCUGACCCAAAACUUCUACCAGGAAACUCCUCAGAAGCACUCUUGGGGUCAUUUAGGCCAACUGUCUUCAAUGGCUUUAAGAGAGUCUAGACCCACCCGGGAGUGGCUUCUCUAAUAUUUAGGUUUUCUUUCACACUUACAUCUAUCUGUUCAACUUCUUUCUCAACUAGCAGCUUGCCCUGGCAAAUAACAUGAUGCAGGAGUGGUAUUAACAAUUGCUGUGAAACUUUCUAGGGAAUAUCUUAAUGCUCUGAAACCAUCUUUGUCUUCAUCUUGGAAAUUAGGAUGUAUGGUGAGGCACCCUACUAAGUGCAAGUGAAUGAGAGCUGGCUCUUCACACAGCUCCACACUGCAAAGAUCCCAAGGUAUUGUGGAGCACGAUGGCUGAGCAACAACUUCCUCUGGCUUUGUAUUUGAGCAAUAUGCGGAAAGCUGUGAAGAUCAGAGAGAGAACUCCAGAAGAUAUUUUUAAACCUACAAAUGGGAUCAUUCAUCAUUUUAAAUCCAUGCACCGAUACACACUGGAAAUGUUCAGAACUUGCCAGUUUUGUCCACAAUUUCGGGAGAUCAUCCAAAAAGCCCUCAUCGACAGAAACAUCCAGGCCUCCCUUGAAAGCCAGAAGAAGCUCAAUUGGUGUCGAGAAGUCAGGAAGCUUGUGGCCCUGAAAACAAAUGGUGAUGGAAAUUGCCUCAUGCACGCUGCUUCUCAGUACAUGUGGGGUGUUCAGGACACAGACUUGGUCCUGAGGAAGGCACUCUUCAGCACCCUCAAGGAGACGGAUACACGCAACUUUAAAUUCCGCUGGCAGCUGGAGUCUCUUAAAUCUCAGGAAUUUGAGGAAACGGGGCUUUGCUAUGAUACCCGGAAUUGGAAUGAUGAAUGGGACAACCUUAUCAAAAUGGCGUCCACAGACACACCAGGGGCCCGCAUUGGCCUUCAGUAUAAUUCACUGGAAGAAAUCCACAUUUUUGUCCUUUGCAACAUCCUCAGAAGGCCGAUCAUUGUCAUUUCAGACAAGAUGCUGAGAAGUUUGGAAUCAGGUUCCAAUUUUGCUCCUUUGAAGGUGGGCGGAAUUUACUUGCCUCUCCAUUGGCCAGCCCAGGAAUGCUACAGAUACCCCAUCGUUCUCGGCUACGACAGCCAACACUUUGUACCCCUGGUGACCCUGAAGGACAGUGGGCCUGAAAUCCGUGCUGUUCCACUUGUUAACAGAGAGCAAGGACGAUUUGAAGACUUGAAAGUUCACUUUUUGACAGAACCUGAAAAAGUGAUGAAGGAAAAGCUGUUGAAAGAGUACUUGAUGGUGAUAGAAAUCCCAGUCCAAGGCUGGGAUCAUGGCACCACCCAUUUGAUUAAUGCUGCAAAGUUGGAUGAAGCUAACUUACCGAAAGAAAUAAACCUGGUGGACGAUUACUUUGAACUUGUUCAGCACGAGUACAAGAAGUGGCAGGAGAACAGCAAGCCAGGGCGGAGGGAACUGCACACUCAGAACCCUUUGGAACCUUCUGUUCCCCCACUUUCUCUCAUGGAUGUAAAAUGCGAAACGCCCAACUGUCCUUUCUUCAUGUCUGUGAACACCCAGCCUUUGUGCCAUGAAUGUGCAGAGAGGCGGCAAAAGAACCAGAACAAAUCCCCAAAGCUGAACUCCAAGCCGGGCCCUGACGUGGCGCUUGGGGUCUCUCGGGGCGAGGCCUAUGAGCCCGUGGCCUGGCGCCCGGAGGAGCCAGCCGGGGGACCUCAUUCGGCACCGCCGACAGCACCCAGCCUUUUCCUGUUCAGCGAGACCACCGCUAUGAAGUGCAGGAGCCCCGGCUGCCCAUUCACGCUGAACGUGCAGCACAACGGGUUUUGUGAGCGUUGCCACAGUGCCCGGAAACUGAAUAUGGGCCAUCCCUCGAUCAGCACGAGGCAUUUAGAUCCUAGCAAGUGCCGAGCAUGCCUCCAGGACGUGACCAGGACAUUUAAUGGGAUCUGCAGUACUUGCUUCAAAAGGACUACGGCAGAGCCCUCCUCAAACCUCAGCUCCAGCAUCCCUCCUUCCUGUCAUCAGAGAUCCAAGUCGGACCCGUCACAGCUCACCCAGAGUCCCUCUCCGCAUUCUUGCCACAGAGCUGGAAGCGAGGCCCCCUCUGGCUGCCUCUCUCAGGCUGCACGGACUCCAGGAGACAGGACUGGGACGAGCAAGUGCAGAAAAGCCGGCUGCAUAUAUUUUGGGACUCCAGAAAACCAGGGCUUUUGCACGCUGUGUUUCAUCGAGUACAUAGAAAACAAACAUUUUGUUGCUGCCUCAGGGAAAGCCAGUCCCACGGCCUCCAGGUUCCAGAAUGCUGUCCCUUGCCUGGGGAGGGAAUGUGGCACCCUUGGAAGCACCGUGUUUGAAGGAUACUGUCAGAAAUGCUUCAUCGAAGCUCAGAAUCAGAGAUUGCACGAAGCAAAAAGGACGGAAGAGCAACUGAGGAUGAGCCAGCGCAGAGACAUGCCUCGAACCACACAGAACGCCUCUAGGCCCAAGUGUGCCCGAGCCUCCUGCAAGAACAUCCUGGCCUGCCGCAACGAGGAACUCUGCAUGGAGUGCCAGCACCUCGGUCAGCGCGUGGGCCCCGGAGCCCACCGGGGCGAACCUAUUCCUGAAGAGCCCCCCAAACAGCACUGCCGGGCCCCCGCCUGCGAUCACUUUGGCAACGCCAAGUGCAACGGCUACUGCAACGAAUGCUUUCAGUUCAAGCAAUUGUACGGCUAACUCAAAACAGGUGAGGCAGCCCCGGCUGUUAGCCAACAUGGUGCUACGCUCUAUACACUGAUGCCUCUGGAGGGCCGUCCCGGCAACCGUGGGCUCCACAGUGUCUUUGAGCAAGAGAGGAAAGAUAAGCUCUGCGUCGUGGCCUUGAAUUUGGUAACUGGGGAACAUUCCCAGGUGGCCUUCACGCAAAACGUGUGAUCAGCAACAGAUGGUGUCGGAGCCAGCCCGGGGCUGCGCCUUCUCUCCUACCAGAGGAAGGCCAGGACGUUCAUGGACUUGGAAUGCGUGCCAGGAAUCCUUCAUCAUCUUUUGAGAAAAGGGGAAGGACACACAGUCAGAGCCACUCCACCUGCCUUCCAUCGACAUUGCUCAGAGAUGGGAAGCUGAAUCCUCGUGACUCACGGGCCCUCUCCAAGAAGCUCAGGAAGCUCAGGGAAAACAGACGUUUUUCAGAGUGUCAGUGGUUAAUGGUUUUUCUCUACCUGCCUCAUUCCUUUCUCAUGGACUGUGAUUCUGAGGCUGCUGAGACUAAGUUCAUACCAAAAAGCAAAACAGCUGCUCUUUACAAUAUGCACCUUGUAAAAAAUGACAACGUUUUAGUGGGAAGUUGUGUAACUCUUUUGGUCAUCACUGUCUUCACUUCUAAAGAGGUUAGCUAGAACUGAGGUGUGCAUAAAAAUGUGUACAUAUAUAAUGUACCCUUAUGUAUGAGGGAAUUUUUUUUAUUAAGUUGAAAUGCUGCCCUAGAGGAAUAAGGAGACUGCAUAAUAAUGACCUAUUUUCUGGUUGUUGCUAGGGCACCACCUAUAUACACAGCUUUCAUGAACUCAGCCUGCUGCUUUGUUAAAGUUCCUGUGUCUGUGGAGUUAACUUUAUUUAUUUUAUUGCAGACUUUAAGGUUAUUUAAAUGAAGAUAUUUCUUCUCUGAGGAAAAUGCUAUAGUGUCUUCUUGAGAUAACAUAUCUGCUCUGGGUCGUGUUAUGGAACCAGGCGAGUUCCUCACUGCCGUGGGGGCGUCGGCCUCGCUGAUGCACUUUGGUUGCCUUCCCUAGGAAAAAAGGAAUCACAUCAAGAGUAAAUUUAUUAAAAUCUCAUACUUUUUCUUAAUGAAAUUUCGGACAGAACCACUUCCCAGCCACAAUACAUGAUUGCCUCUGAGUAUCCUACCUCCUUAGAGAUAUGAUUGGAAGGCAUCAGGGAUGAGAUUCGAGAAGGUCACAGGGAAAGAUGUGGCCAUUAAUGAUAGUUUUAUUUGCUGUGUUAAUGCUGUGUCCUGGGGUGCUGGGCAGUGUCCUGGCAGCCAGUGAAAACUUAGCAUCGAGGACAGCAAAACCCUACAACCAUGAGUAUGAAGAGAUUUCUUUCUGUCCUUGGCCUGUAGUUUCUCCGUGUGCUUUGUGUAACUGUCAUACUUGUUGUAGAAAAGAAAGAAAGAAGGGAAAACGCAUUGUCCCCAGAGGUAAAAGCUGCCAUUUUUGGAGGUCUGGACUUAUGACCAGAAAAUAUUGGCAAUCUGUAACUCUAAUUAGCUGACGUGUUCUUCACUUGGGGCAUCGUAAGUCGUUUCCUCUACAUAAACCUUUAUAAUUUUUUUCUAAAGAUUUUAAAGAAACUUCAGUGUUUUCAUUAAUUCUUUUAAAGUUGACAUUUUAAUAGUUUGUAUCAAUAUUCUCAUUCUUAAUGUGAAAAAGUGAAAUUAUUUAUACUUAUUAUAGAAAAUAUUUGAAAUUUGCACAUGUAGUUGUCCCUAGUAGACUUCUGUUUACUAUGUUGGAUUUCUUCAAGUUUUCCUAAAUAAUUGUAACUUUUCACAAAAGCAAUUAUUAAAAAAUAAAUUAUUUAAGAACAAA